AUGUCCUCCGACACUGAACUCUUUCUUCCAACAACUUUCCCUUAUCCCAUCAGGCUCGUUGCCCUCGCCGCCCAUCCCGACGACAAGAUUCACCGUGGCGCGCGACUCCUCAGCUACUCGUUCACCUACACCCCUCCUGGCGCCAGCCCAGAGCUCCGGUUCGGAACUUGGGACUCUUCGAUGGAGGGUACAGUUAAGAGAUGGAGCUUCCGCGAGGGAGAUAUCAUCUCUGCGCGUAAGGCAAAGGAGGUAGCCGCCGUUUACGUUAACGAGCCGUGCAAGCAUGGCGUGCAGCUGGGCGGCCUGUGCUGCUUGUGCGGCAAGGACAUGACCGACUACGAUUACACUGGGUUCUCAGAUGCAUCUCGCGCGUCUAUACAGAUGACGCAUCUAGCUAAUGGCCCGACAGUAUCGUUGGAGGAAGCCCAGCGAAUAGAGAAGGAGACUGCAGAAAAUCUGCUUAGUACGCGGAAAUUGUCCCUCAUCGUCGAUUUGGAUCAGACUAUUGUGCACGCCACUGUCGAUCCUACCGUUGGCGAGUGGAUAUCCGAGGGCGAAGCAUGGGAAGUGCGCCAGGCGGAGAAGGCGCAGGCUCAGCGGGACAAGGGCAACGACUCCGAUGACACUACGUCUGACACCGACGACGAGGUAAACCCAAAUUGGGAAGCUCUAAAGGAUGUCAAGAAGUUCAGACUCGGCCCCGAAGCGCUUGGCCAGCCACCACGAGGCGCGAACGUCAAAGGCAGGGAGAACACUAUCGAGCAGGAAGGGUGCAUGUAUUACAUCAAGCCUCGCCCUGGCUGGAAUGAGUUCCUGCAGACGAUGGCAACUAAAUAUGAGAUGCACGUGUAUACCAUGGGUACGCGUGCAUAUGCCGAAGAAGUGUGCGCAGCGAUUGACCCAGAUGGCAAGAUAUUCGGAGGUCGUCUCCUUAGCCGAGAUGAAAGUGGCAGUCUCACACAGAAAAGCCUGCAACGGUUGUUUCCGUGUGAUCAGUCGAUGGUCGUCAUCAUCGAUGACCGAGCCGAUGUUUGGGAGUGGAGUCCAAAUCUCGUGAAAGUGAUACCAUACGAUUUCUUCGUUGGUAUUGGAGAUAUCAACUCGACAUUUCUCCCAAAGCUUGAUUCAUUAGCAUCUGCUAUCCCAUCCGGUCCACCUCCUACACCGCCGAAGGAGCCUUCGAUAGAAGAUGCUACACCAACGCAAGGAGAGGAAGCUGAUUUAUCAUUAUCUAUAUCUUCGGAAGAACCACCCCCAAUAUCCGAAUCUGUAAUCACCUCUGCCGAGGAACCUCAGGCAGACGAAACCAGUGACUUCGUCAAGAACGAGAUUCUAGAGCGCAACACUAUGGCAUUGGAAGCUCAGUUUGAAGAGCGGCCGUUAGCGAAGAAGCAGGAGGCGCUUCAGGAGGAGGAAGAGAAGGAGGAAGCUGCUCAGAGCGCUCAGAGCGCUCAGAUUGCUGAACCGCAACCGGCGGAUGCUGCGACAAGCACACCGCCCGCGGCGCCUGCACCACAUCACCAUCACAAGGAGCGGAAACCCCUACUCAAGAAUGAUGAUUACGAGCUCAUCCGUGUGCGACAGCUCUUGGAGAAAGUCCACGAACAGUUCUACGCUGCUUAUGACUUGCGCUCUCCUGUCACCAAGACUUCAAAACGCAAAGGCGCUGCGCCUCCUCGAGUGCCAUAUGAUGUCAGAAGCAUUAUUCCUGUGAUGCGCGCGGAUGUCCUGCGAGGCGUUCACAUACUCUUCUCAAGCGUUAUCCCGCUGGAUACUCGUCCCGAGGUGACCGAGGUUUGGAGGACAGCCCAUGCAUUCGGUGCAAGGUGUUACACCGAGCUGUCUGGUCGGAUCACCCAUGUCGUAGCUACUAAGCGCGGAACCGUGAAAGUAGAUUCUGCACGCAGGCAAGGCGGGAUCAAGAUUGUGUGGCUCUCGUGGUUCACCGACUCGGUCGCGCUGUGGCAGCGCCAGGACGAGACGCGGUACCUCAUCGACCCCGAACCGCCGGUGCCGGCGCGCCUUGCGAGUCCUCCUUCGGAUCCUCAUCAGAUUUCUUCUGAUCCUGAGCCGGAUGCAGAUGACUGGGACGAGGAGCGCACCACCGCCGACGGGGAGCGGCUCGCGCUCGACGAGGUCGACUGGGCUGAGGUCAACGACGAGGUCGAUGCAGCAAUGAACGAGAGUGACGACGAUGACGGUGAUGGCGAUGGUGAUGGCGAGCAGAGCGAGAAGGGACAGAGCGCGAAUGUGUCGGAGGACGAGGGAUCAUGGACGGACGAGUCGAACAGUCUAAUCAGCAGUGCCCCACCCUCGCCACGAAUAUCGCGGAAACGGUUGCGCAGCUUGACUCCGUCAGAAAGCGGGCUGAACGGUAACGUCAACUCAGAUGCCCUGCGGUCUCGUCUGGCAAAGCGCAGGAAGAUGGUGGCCGAUCGGUCUGGCGCUUCCAGGCUCAAGGAAGAGAUCAUCGUCGAUGAGAUUCCCGCCGAGCAGCCUCCCAAGCUAGCAGCGCUGCCUGUUGGCGGCAACGUGGACGACGAGGAAGACGGGUCCGAUGGUGACGCCGAGGAUGACGGCGCCAUGGACGAAGACGACUUCUUAGCUCGCGAACUCGAAGAGGAGUGGGGAUAG